AUGAACGGCCAACAGGGAUUCGGCUUUGGUUUUGGGAACCAAGGUUUUCAGACCCCUGCUAAGACAACCGCACCUCAAGCAUUUGGAGCUUGGCAAAAUCCCCAAGCCCAACAACCUUCUGCAUUUGGUUUCGGUCAACAAGCUGCUCCGUCAGCUUUUGCAACUCCUGCCCAAACCCCUUUUGGAGGUUUUGGUCAAACGCAACAACAAACACCUUCUUUUGGUGGUGCAAGCGCUACACCUUUUGGGUUCGGUCAACAACCACAACCACAAGCUGGAGCUUUUGGCUUUGGCCAAAAUCAACAAUAUCAACAACUUGCUGGACCAUCUGGGUUUGGCUUUCAAUCUCAACCACAGGCAGGACCUUCAAAUGUUCAAACUUCUAGUGCGUUUGGGUUUGGAAUACCAGGUCCUUCCAACGCACCCGUUCAAGCUACUGGGACAGCAUCAUCAGCACCUGGCAUAAAUCCACGAUUGACGGGUACUCAAGAUCCAAAAUUCGAACCAUUCAAGGAUCGCGAACCUUCAGGAGUAUAUCAAAUCUUUCAGAAUCUUACGGCUAUGGAAGCAUUUCGUCCAUGGUCUCCUGAGGAAUUACGAUUAUAUGAUUACGAACUUAACCGGCGUCCUGGAGUCCAACAAACGCCAUUAGUCCGGCCAGCACAGUCCUUACCACCAAUUAUAAAUGCAUCAACGCAAGCAUUUCAAUUACCAUCACAAACGAUAGCGCAACAACCAAUGGGAUUCGGAUUCGGCCAAUCUCAAAUAGCGCAGUCACCGUUCUCGCAGCAACCACUUGCGCAGCAACCAUAUGGGCAAUCACAGUUCGCUCAGCAACCAACGGGACCGCAACAAUUUGGACAAUUUGCUCAGCAGCCAGUUGUACAACCGCAAUUGCCGUUUCAACAGCAAGCUCCGGCCACGACUCCGAUUCCGAAUCCGUAUAAUUAUCAAUAUACCGGUAAUCUUUAUUUCAGGUUGCAUGGUACGAAUAAUCCCCCACCACUUGUGUUUGAAACAAAAUUGAAGCCCAAAGUAGAUAAGGGCAAAGGCAAGGAAUUUACUUUACAACCACAACAGUACGGAAUAGUAGGAACGUCAACCACGGGUCCACCCGUUAGCGUGACAAUUGGUGACACAUCUAAAAUAUCGAAAGCGGACCAACCUGCAACGAGCACAGUUCCAACAAUUCCAUUCUCAUUAAAUAAUGCAGUUCCAACUACAACAAUUCAAAUAGUUUCUACAUCAGCUUCCGUCCCUUUAUUAAAAACACCAACGGUAGCUGACACGAAACGUCCUGUUACUAUUACAACGGGUCCAACAAUAUCAUCGAGCAUUGUACCUACUAUUACUAAAGAAAAACCAAAAGGGGGAGAUUCAGAUGACGAUUCGGAAUAUGUAGAAUUCUUUCCAGAAAAAAAAACUCGUACAACUCCACUUCCUCCUGAAGAAUACGAGAGGACCCUUACAGAAGUAGAUUUCCCUCGUAGAAAAAAGAACGAACCGGUUUAUAACGAUGGUAUUUUAACACCAAAAAAUAUCAAAGAACCAACAUGGGGAUAUAAUACAUCUUACAGAAGAACCGUUCCUAAUAUUCGUCAUGGCAAUUCAGGGAAGGAUUUACUAGAGCAACUUAAACUUAAAGAUAGAUCGGUUUCAAAGAGUCUCCCAAAUACAAUAGAGGCCAAUAAAAAGAAAGUUCCAGGAUCAGAUAUUCCUCCAGAAAGUGAUGUAGAUGCGCGACUAGUUUACGAGUUGCUUCUUAAACCUCGGCGAGACGGUCCAUACGCUUAUAGAGAGGAGUAUGAUGGAACUUGGACUCCUCUUUAUGGAGAUGGCAGGGAUGAAAAGCCAAAAUGGGAACCAAUGAAAUGGAAGCAACAAGUGUUCUAUAAUGAUUAUGUUAAGGAUAUCAAAAGAAGUAAGCUCCCAAUAACAGAAUGGAGAUAUGAAUCUCCUAGUUGGUGGGAUAAACAUCCUUAUAAACCAGUUCCCAAAGAGUUGAUAAAGGAUAUUGAUCAAUACGAUAAUUCCAAUGAAGCAUUUGUUGAAGAUAUGGUAGUUAAGAUGGGGAUUAGACCCGAUCCUCCAAAAGACCAAGUCGACGCACUGAGCAGACAAGUCAAUGUAAAACUUGUGCGUGUACAGAAAAAGCCCAUGGAAUGGACAGAAACCAUCACAGUUACCGAACCCUGUAGCUGCUGCAAUGUCAUGGUUCAAAAAUCUAAAGAGGAAAAGAUGACUUUCAAUAAACUUUUUAAUCCACUUAUUGGAGGUUUUGAGUCACAACCAACAUACCCAAAUCAACCUUGGGUUUUUGUGUAUGCGGCGCUGCCGGGAGAGUUUGAAGAUCGCACUCCAACCUAUGCAGAGUUGUUUAAUAAAUAUAAAUCAGGAAUCCCACAGCGUAAUAUGUAUAUCCUUGAUGCUCCACCCAGGAUGCCACGAGUCGAUUUCAGCAACAUUAUUAAAGGGGAAAUGGAGUUUGCCAAAAUCGUAAAGGAAGACGUUCAUAAAAUUUGUCACCAGGACAAGAAAUGUGAUUGUCCGUAUACGAAAAAAGAAUCUAAGACCAAAGAAGCUCCAGCAAUACCAAGAUCACAUUUCUAUUGCUAUGAUCGUCUUGGAAAACAGCCAAGAGAAAACAAACCAACAACCUUUCAAACGGUUCAUGGAUACCAACCCUUCAGUAAGCACAAGACUCCCGAAUCGGAGGAAAAUACACCCACCAAAAAGCAUCGGAUUCUUGUACCUCCUCAGGGUGAAGAUGACGAACUUUAA